UAAAACUCGCGUAUACGCCACCGUGGCGACUAGUUAUAUUUGCUAAGUUUUUUUGUUUGAUACUGACGCGUGUUUAUUCGAUAUAAAAACCGUGACAAGAUGUCUGUCACUAGUCUUAAUUCUCUACAAGAAUAUGAGAAUUAUGUUAAGUCAGAAGAUCUUUCCGUCAUCCAUUUCUGUACAUCGUGGUGCGAUCAGUGUUCGCAAUUACAUGACAUGAUCGAAGAAAUGGGCAAACUGACUGAGUACAAAGAUGUCAAGUUUGCCGAAAUUGACGCUGAAAAAGUACUUGAAGUGUCCAGUAAGGUCGGUAUUCGAGCAGUACCAACAGUUGUUUUUAUAAGGAAUGACACUUUACUUGGUAGAGUGGAAGGUGCCAAUCCCUCUGCCAUAAGCGAGAAAAUUAAGUUCUAUUUAACUAACAAAUAUUCUGAUCCAAAUGAAAUAUUUAAACAAAAAGAAAACCUUGAAGAUAGGCUGAAGAAAUUGAUAAAUCAGGCACCUUGUAUGCUGUUUAUGAAGGGAUCACCUGCAAUUCCACGUUGUGGAUUUUCUAGAACAAUAGUCUCUCUUCUAGAUUCUUAUAAUACAGAUUAUCAAUCUUUCGAUAUUUUGCAAGAUAAUGAUAUUAGAGAAGGACUUAAAAAAUUCAGCGAUUGGCCAACAUAUCCUCAAUUAUAUGUGAAUGGAGAACUCAUUGGAGGACUGGAUAUUAUAAAGGAAAUGAGUGAAUCUGGAGAAUUAGAAAAUAUAUUGCCUAAGAAGAGUUAAUGCAAAAGAAAUAAGGAAGACCAGUCACUAUUUUAAUAUAA